GGUGUGCACCUUGCCCUCACAAGCCCAGUGUAGGUUUGCUUCUAGGAGGCACCUCAAAGUGCUGAUCUAGGAUCAGUAGACUUUUCAUCUUUCAGUAUCUUCAGCAUGGUGGGAGACAAAGCAAGCCCAGUUUCAGUGUCAGAGUCAGUGGCUCGCAUGCAGCUCUCUCUCUCUGUCUCCAGGGCUCUAAACUCCUCCUCAAUUCUUCUCAUUCCUGUUUUGUCAACCUAUCAUUCUGAGCUGCUGCUUCUAAUGGACACAGCCAUAUGUAGAAACGGGCCACCAUACAGGAAAGACAAAAGACAGAUAUCUGCACUCUCAGCAUUAUGGAGCGUGGCUUCGAGCCAGGAGUGCAGUUAAAGCUGAUGAAUGGUGCAGGCCCUGUGGCACAGCCCCAGCCCAAACCGCAGCAGAGAGAGCAGUGGGCCAGUAAACUGGAGUUUUUCCUAGCUGUUGCUGGACACAUUAUUGGCCUAGGAAAUGUGUGGAGGUUUCCCUAUCUGUGCUACAAAAAUGGAGGAGGAGCUUUCUUUGUGCCGUACGUGCUCUUCCUCUUUUCCUGUGGGAUACCGCUCUUCUUCUUGGAGACAUCCCUGGGCCAGUAUACCAGCCAGGGUGGGAUCACAUGCUGGAGGAAGAUAUGCCCCCUUUUCGAAGGGCUGGGUUAUGGUAGUCAGGUUGUGGUCCUGUACACUGGAGUCUAUUACAUCAUCAUCCUGGCCUGGGCGUUUCUCUACCUGUUCUCCUCCUUCACCUCAGAACUCCCAUGGGCUAGCUGCAAGAAUAGCUGGAACACAGAGUUCUGCGUGGAGUUUAGUCAAAACAAUGUUACUGAAAACAUUCCAGAGAAGGUGACAUCCCCAGUUAUGGAGUUUUGGGAGAGAAGGAUUUUGGGUUUGUCUGGAGGAAUUGAAGAGAUUGGUAAUGUGAGGUGGGAUCUGGCUCUGUGUCUCCUGCUGGCCUGGAUCAUCUGCUACUUCUGUGUGUGGAACGGUGUGAAGUCUACCGGCAAGGUGGUCUACUUCACUGCUACCUUCCCAUAUUUGAUGCUGGCAGUUCUGCUGGUGCGUGGUCUCACACUGCCUGGAGCCAUUAAUGGUAUCAAAUUCUAUCUGUACCCGGAUCCUUCACGCCUUAGUGACCCUCAGGUGUGGAUGGAUGCGGGUAGUCAAAUAUUUUACUCUUAUGGAGUUUGUACGGGAGUUUUGACGGCUUUGGGAAGCUACAAUAAGUAUGAAAACAACUGUUACAGAGACUGCGUGUACUUGUGCCUGUUAAACAGUAUGACCAGCUUUGUGGCUGGCUUUGCCAUCUUCUCUGUGCUGGGCUUCAUGGCAGAUGAACAGGGAAUGGACAUUUCAAUGGUGGCAGAGUCAGGUCCUGGACUGGCAUUCAUUGCUUACCCACGUGCAGUGGCCUUAAUGCCUGUGCCUCAGUUAUGGGCAAUUUUCUUCUUCAUUAUGAUCAUUUUCCUUGGAUUGGACAGUGAGUUUGUCUAUCAUGAAGCUUUGGUAACAGCUAUCUCCGACAUGUAUCCCUCCUUUUUUAAAAUGGGAUACCGGCGUAAAAUCCUGCUUCUUAUCAUCUGCCUGGUCAGCUUCCUUGCUGGUUUGCUGAUGGUAACAGAGGGUGGCCUGUAUGUCUUCCAGUUGUUUGACUAUUAUGCUUGCAGUGGAAUGACUCUCCUGGCUUUUGCCAUUCUUCAAUCCAUUUGCGUUGGAUGGGUUUAUGGUGCAGACCGUCUGUAUAACAACAUUGAAGACAUGAUUGGCUAUCGGCCCUGGCCUCAUAUGAAGUACUGCUGGAAAUUUGUGACCCCUAUUAUUUGCACAGGGACAUUUGUCUUCUCCUUGGUUAAGUACACUCCUCUGAAGUUCAAUAACACGUAUGAGUACCCUUGGUGGGGCUAUGCCAUUGGAGGCUUCUUCACCCUCUCUUCUACCCUGCUGGUUCCUUUGUGGAUGAUGUAUGCAGUCUGCAAAACCCCCGGGUCUAUGCGGCAGAGAAUGAGAACCCUGUGUUCCCCGGCUGAGGACUUGCCUUGUCCAAAAUCUCCAAAAAAGGAACUGUCCUCUCACACAUUUGAGACUUUCACGGAUCUUCAGACCUUACGCACUGUGGACAGACAGACUCCAGUAGAUGUAUGAGCCACUCCGUUCAACAUAAAUAUUCCCCCAUACACACACACUCUCUCUCUUCAGCAUUCUCACUCUUACACGGCAGCCCCUUACAAAAACAAGAUCAUCGUUCUCAUCAUCAUCUUCAUCUUUGUCGUCAUUCUUAUCUUCAUUGCCACAUGUCUACUUCAUCUACAGCUAUACAGUCUUACUUUAAUUUACCAUCUUUACGUUCUGUUUACUUACAAUGUUUAUUAGCUAUUCUCUGCUACAGAAAUAUGGUAUAUUAUAUGGUAUAUAUCAGUUGUGUGAACAGAGAAGUUAAGAUGUUGCAUAUCAUUACAGAUAAUACCAGUGCUGAUAUCUGGUAUAUUCAUACCAAUACUUAUAUUUAUAAGUGAUCCAUAUGGAUAUAUUUUUCGGUAUAUUACAAUGUUUAAUCUUCAUCAGGGUCUGUGCAAAUGCAGUCCGUUUUAAAUGCUGUAUGAUUGUAUUGUAUGUUCUUGCAUGAAUUGUGUGUUUCAUUGCUGCAUGUCUACAUUUGUUAUAUAUUAGUAUGUUUUACACUGAUGAUAUUUCUGAGAGAAGAGAUUGUCACAUAUAUAUAUAUGGGCUCAUUUGUAAUAGAUGAAGUUCCCAGUUUGGGCAUAAUAUGCCUCACAUAACUACUGUCACUUUGGUCCAGAUUGGUGCCUUUAUGGUUACUUUACAUGAAUAAAAUUGUUUAAUGUU